GUACUUCCGUUACCUUUUUCACUUGGAGGAGCUCUGAUGGAUGCGAAUCUAUGAAAGAAACAUUAUUUUGCUAAUUUUAGAUCUGAAGCAAAUUUAUUUUUGCUGUUUGCACUGGGUCUAGCAGUUGGAGUGACGUCAUUUCAGGCAGCCAUAUUUCCGUCAUGACGCAUGCGUAUUGGUUAGAAAACUAGAAUCGCCAGUACCGGGAUUAGAAUUGAAGCCAUUUCUUUACGCAUACAGUAUUUUACUGUAAUUUCGGAGUACACUCAUAGUCUUAAAUUAUGGCUAAUCCAGGUUCAAAGCCGGAACAGGUGUUAAUAAUAGAACCGGAACAUGAACUAAAAUUCCAAGGACCCUUCACGUCGCCGGUUACUUCUUAUAUGAAGCUAACAAAUCCUACCACUAAAAAGGUGUGUUUCAAAAUCAAAACGACAGCUCCAAAGAAAUACUGUGUGCGGCCAAAUUCUGGUGUUCUGGACGCAAAGGCAUCAAUUGAUGUAGCAGUGACUCUACAGCCUUUUGAAUUUGAUCCAAAUGAGAAGAAUAAACACAAGUUCAUGGUACAGACACUGAUUGCUCCAGAGGAAGAAUUCAAUUUGGAUUCAGUGUGGAAAGAUGCCAACCCAGAUUCACUUAUGGAUUCGAAGCUGAAGUGUGUAUUUGAGAUACCUGUAGAUCCAGCAACAGCUUCAAGAGAGAAUAAUGUCGAUGCGUCACCAGCCAUCCAUGAAGAGAAAUCAAAGAGGAUUGGUGACGGAGCAAAAUCUUCUCCUAAGCCUAAUGCUGCUGUAGAUGGAGAACUUAUGAAAGCGGCAGCUGAAGUGAAACGUUUGAGGGAGGAAGAAAGUAACUUAAGACAAGAAAACCUCCAACUGAAGGAGGAAAUCUUGAGACUUCGUCGUGCAAUUUCUAAUGUUGAUCUUUCACCACAGAUGGCCUCCUCUACUACUGCAAUGGCACCUGCACCACUUCCUUUUAUGUAUUUAGCAGCUGCUAUUGCCAUGGGACUUAUGGGAAUAAUUCUGGGGAAGUUUUUGCUUUGAAGGACUGAACAAAAUGGCAGCACCUACCAACUGCAGUACUUUCUGCAAAACGCUGCACCAUCCACAGAGCAGCACCAUCACUAAAGUUGAUUUUGAAUGUCGGAUGAGUCAGACGAUGUUCCUAAGGUCCACGUGUAACUAUGUAGGCUUCCGCGGCUGGUGUCAUGAUGACUAAAAUUCUUCUGAGUGUUGUACCAUGUCAUUGUACAAAAUACUUUAAUCAUAAACUUGAAACCAACAUUUCGAUCGUAUUAUAACAGCCUUCUUCAGGGCAGUCUUCGUUCGUUUUAAGUUUGUAUCUAAAGUAUUUUAUACUAUGUUAUAGUAAAAAAAAUUGAUAAAUUGUAGAAGUGACAUUUUGUAACACGUGAAGCUGCUGUAUAAUUUAAUUUUAACUGCAUUAACGGUUUCAGUCGGUGACCAUUUUCCAGUAUCUGUAAAACAUUAUGGUUACACGACAAUUUUCAUGAAAAAAGGAUGUAUGAAAACUAUAGUAAAAUACAAGCAAUAACCUACAAAGUCUUGUUAAUAGUGAAUGUUACAUCAUAAAACAAAUGUCAAAAUAUAAUAUUUAUAAAUUAUAUUUUCUGUCUUGCAAAAUUAGAUGCAUAGAGUGUCAAUUACACACUUAUCCAAAGAAUAUACAAAAUAUAAUGGCUAAGAUUAGUCAUUACGACUAGUAUUAUCUCUGCAAAAAAAUAUCACAAAAAAUUUCAUUUUAUAUUAUAGCCCGAUUGAUUUGAUUGUCUCAAGUGGCAAUGAGAGUAAAUAAUACUGACUAUGAACUAAUAAACUACUACUGGCAGUACUUGUACAACAGCAGCUGAUGUCACUAAUAGUGCUUAUAGCAACAAUAAGAAUACCAACAAUAAUGAUAGUGGCAGGUAUAAAAAUAAUUUAUAGGUGUACAAAGAUACAGGUUUUCUGAUAUAGUGAGUUCUGGGCAAAUGAAAUUUAAUGACACUGCACCAGCUAAGAAAAUUGGGAAAUGAGGAAGAUCAGGCUAGAAAGAAGGAUGUACAAGGUGACAACUGUGUACAGGGACAAUGGUAAUCCUUAAUAUUGCUUUAGUAGAUAUUUCAUUAACCAUCUGCUGAAACAUCUUUUUUUUUUGGGGGGGGGGGGGGGGUGAAAUCCCCUCUCACAUGAGAUCCAUCUCCCUCUCUGCUUUGUGUAGAGCGGCAGCUCGUCUGCUAAAUACUUUCCAUCCCUUAAAUGUGUCACAAGUAUUGAUCUGUUGCUUUUGUUGGUGUAACAAUGUUCUUUAUAUCAUGUUGUUGUUGCUUUUUUUAACCAGUCUGCCCAUGUAAAAUUUAUUGCAAUCAUCGCAUUGUAUUUCAUUUAAGCUCAACUGGUGGUAGUGGAGUAUUGGGUCAGCUUUAUAUCCUACGUGGAUGGCAUUGUACUGCCAGCCCAAAAACCAAUUUUUGUUACAGUUUUUAUUUUUUUAAAAAUAUGUAGAUAAUUUUGUCAGAUAUUUGUCCAAAAUAUGAUAAGAUUGCAUAUCUUGGUUUAUGUUUUUCCUCUUCAUUUAUUAAGGUUGUUUCUCCUACUUACCUUAUCUCCACAGAUUUUAUUAACUAAUGAAAGAUUGUACCUUUUUAUAGGGCUGUGUGUGUCAAUGUAUUUAUCUGUAUUUCAAUGUUCUUAUCAUGUAGUGGUAAGCAGAUUAUUCUGUCUCCCAUGGCAUGAAAAAAUACUUUCUUAUGUGUCAUGGGAUAAUAUGAGGUACUGUGGAUUAACCCACCAGAUAUGGUUGGUUUUCAGAAACUGUUAAAUGUACAAGUUUCAUUUUCAUUGUGGAUAGUGACAUCUAAAAAGUUUAUGCUCUUCUUUUUUCAUAUUUAAUAGUGAAUUGUAUAUUUCUGUGAAGUUCAAUAAAUUUCUAAUGAGGAGUGGA